GCCCGGCUCUCAGGCCUCCCUGCCUCUAACCCACGGCGGACAGGUGGACCGUAGCAAGAGGGCGGGGCAAGGGGAGAAGCAUUGCAUCCUGGGAACGGUAGUCCCAGCUCCGCCAGCCCCGGGCCGCCUUGCCGGUGCUGGGACUACCAAUCCCAACAAGCUGCGCGCUGCGCAGGUCUUCCGGUCUGGCGUCUGACGUCUUACCCGCCACAGAAUCGGAAGUUCUGGGCAGCUGUUGAGUGAAAAUGGGCAACGGCGGGCGGAGCGGGCUGCAGCAGGGGAAGGGGAACGCGGAAGGGGUGGCAGCGACUCCUACUGCUGCUUCGGCCUCCUGCCAGUACAGGUGCAUCGAAUGCAACCAGGAGGCCAAAGAGUUGUACCGAGACUAUAACCACGGUGUGCUGAAGAUAACCAUCUGUAAAUCCUGCCAGAAACCUGUAGACAAAUAUAUCGAGUAUGAUCCUGUUAUCAUCUUGAUUAAUGCUAUAUUAUGCAAAGCUCAGGCCUACAGACAUAUUCUUUUCAAUACUCAAAUAAAUAUCCAUGGAAAACUCUGCAUAUUUUGUUUGCUUUGUGAAGCAUACCUGAGGUGGUGGCAGCUUCAAGAUUCCAACCAGAAUACUGCCCCUGACGACUUGAUCAGAUAUGCUAAGGAAUGGGAUUUCUAUAAAAUGUUUGCGAUUGCUGCUUUAGAACAAACUGCCUAUUUUAUUGGCAUUUUUACCUUCCUGUGGGUACAACUGCCCAUGACGGUGAAAGAACAGCCCAGCUUCAUUUUGCUGCUGAAAGCAUUAUUAUUAUCCAGCUACGGAAAACUCUUGCUGAUUCCAGCUGUCAUUUGGGAACAUGACUACACACCUCUGUGCCUCAAACUCAUCAAAGUAUUUGUUCUUACAUCAAAUUUUCAGGCAAUUAGAGUGACCCUAAACAUCAAUCGAAAGCCCUGCUUCUUGGCCAUGUUGAGUGGCUUACUGCUGGAAAGCAUCGUGGUCUACUUCUUCCAGAGGGUGGAAUGGGAUGUUGGAAGUGAUUAUGCCAUCUAUAAAUCGCAGGACUUCUGAAGAGUUUUAUUCUUCUUUACUAUCUGUGGCAUGACCAGCUGUAUUUGAAAGAGAAAAGACAUGAAAUAUAAACCAACCUCCUCAUUUCUGUUGAGUAAAAUGAAGCAGAGAUUGGAAACACUUUCUGAAAAAGAAAGCAAUGAUAGUGGCAGUGGAUACCCAUUCCCACAAAUGCACCCAGGAGAUAACUAAGCCAUUUACUUAGAGAUAUUCACAGUCACACAUAGAAACACCCACAUAGACACAAGGAAUGUUACUGCCGAGACUGACUGACAUGCAACAGGUGAAGAUUUAUACGUUAUACACAAGCCCAGGUAAGCGCUCAUAAUUCCUACACACAUAAUAGAACAUCUAGGUUUCAUUCCUUUGACAUGUUUGUAUUUAAAUAUUGUUACUGGCUUAAAGUAUUUUGUGUUCUUUACAAUAGAAACGCUUUUAAUAAAGUCUUUCAGAAUAAACCGAAUUUUUGUAAAUUUUCAAUUCAAUAAUUAAAGUACUCUUUAAAAUUGGAUUAUCCAAAAAUAAAUGAUACUGAAAACC